UGAAGGGUUCUAAACAUUUAUAUGUGUAUAUAUAUAUAUUAUAUAGGUGUAUGUAAAAAAAAAAUACAUAUAUAUAUAAGUUUAUGUAAGUGCACAUAGAACCCUCCAUGUUCUUAACAUUUUUACCAAUAAAAGUGUAUGUAAGUGCACAUAAAAUACAUAUAUAUAUAUAUAAGUGUAUGCAGUGGCGGAUGUAGAAACUUUUUGGAUCGGGGGCACAAAUAUUUAAAAUAAUAUAUAUAAUUUAAUAACAUAUUUUUAUAAAGAUUAAAUAAUAUGUAUGAUUAAAAUAAACUAUCAAAAGUAAGUUCAAAGUAUAUAGUACAUUUAAAUUGGUAUCCUAUAGCAUACAUAAACUAUAACUAAACACAAAUUUUAAAAGAUUUUGGAUUUUAAUAUUUAUUUUUAAAAUUAUUUUAGUUGUUUUGUAUUGUUUAAAUGUUUUAUCCAAGGGUGUUAAUUAAAUUUACUAGUAGUGUAAAUUAGUGUAAAUAUAUAAAAUGAGUUAGAUUAGUUGUUGAAACAAAAUAGAAAGGAAAUAGUUGGUUGAAAAAAGCAAACAAAAAAUCUAUAUAAACGUGUUAACAAAGUAAUACACGAAGAGAUGACAUCUCCAUACAUUACGUCUAAUACUCGAUGGAAUGAGAAAAUAAAAUUGAAAGAAAAAAGAAGGAAAAGGUAAAAAAAAUAGACGUACAACGGAAGAAUCAAACUGUCACUCUAAAAUUUAAUGGAGACACUAUAAGCAACUGAGCAAAUUAAGUGAUAAUGUUUAGGCUGGAAACAAAUAUUAUCUAGAAUUAAUCGGGGGCACGUGACCCCGUAGUCAUUAACGUGCAUCCGCCCCUGAGUGUAUGUAAGUUAUUAACAUUUUUACCAAUAAAAAAAAAAAAUGUAAGGGUAGUAUCGUAGUUUUAUGACAUCGCGGAUCGGGCUUUUUGAGCUAAAGAUUAUUAUUGAUUAUUGUCAAGCCCAUUGGGCUUAAUAACCAAACUAGACGCCAUUUUCAAUUUCAAUUUUAAAAUGAAUCACCCGGGAAAGCAGAAGUAGUCGAAUGUCCCGGCGGCGAUCACAGUAACGGCGAAUCUAGGGUUUUGAAAUCGGCAACUGAGAGCUUCCGAUGGGGGAUUCAAUCGGAGACUCGCUAAUUGAAAUCGACGACAAGGAAGAAGUUGAAGACCCGUUUCUAGCCUUCAUCGACUACGCCAGAGCGGUGAUUUCACCGGAACAAGACGAAAUCGAGGAGGAGGAGGAGGAUGUGAGGAAGAAGAAUCCAAGCGAAGCCGUGACUGAGGUGAGCGGUCCAGGCUGGGGAUGGAUUGCCUCGCGUGUAUUGAAAACAUGCACUGCUUAUUCGAGCGGUGUCACUGCCGCCAUUCUCCUCUCCGAUCUCUCUCAGGGGUGGCAUGAGCAAAACAAACCGGGGAUGUCUAAGAAGAAGCCUGAGCUCAUUGAUCAGUUGAAUAAGAGUCAUAGAAGAAGAAGACUCGCUAAUACUGUUACUAUAGACUCUAUUUACGAGAAGAAUUUUCUGUCCAUGAAUAGUGUUUUGGAAGCUGUUGUUAUCAAGGCUGAUCUCCUUCCUGGUAUCUUACUACUCCUGAAUAUAUUCUCGUUUCCAGUGCGCUCGCUGAUGUGGUUUAUUCAUUUGGAGAUGUUUUUUUUUUCAGGUACAAACAUAUUCAUGCUUACGCUAGGGGAUUUUUGGAGCUCCAACACUAUUGAUCUCUAUCUACAUCGCAGGUAUUAUGAGUUGGUGGAAACACCAAAUGGGAUACUUAGGAAAGGCAGAGAGGUUCUGAUCACUGGAUGCUACCUUCGUACCGCUAGAGAAGGAUGUGGCGUUCCACGGUUACUUCCAACAGAAUAUCUUGUCAUUUUGCUAGAUGAGGACGAAGAAGAAGAUGCAAUCUUUAUAGUAGCUCAGCUUUGUUCCGAUACUUUCUCAUCUGUUUCUCUUGAUGAUUUCAACAAUGGAACUUCAUACUCUUUGUAUGCUAGGAUUGAAUCUAUAGGUCCUCUGGAAUCUGAACUCAAGUUUAGUACUGCGCAUAGAAGGCAAAUUGCACUUGUAGAUGCUGACGGCGUUCGGUUAAAUUUUAUCUUAUGGGGAGAGCAAGUCAUCGUGGCAAACCUCAUGAGUGUGGGAAGUAUGCUUGGGCUUGAGAGGCCUUAUAUUUCUAGUCUCGAAGAGAGUGCAAUGGAAGGAAAAGAUGAGUUCUGCCUCGAAUAUGGUAGCGCAACACAUCUCUAUAUAGUGCCGUCAACCUUACAAGAGGAAACGGUUUGUGUAUCAUUAUCCCAGAAUCAGUGUCAAGGAUCUAAACUGCUUGGUUCAGUAGGAGUUUCGCAGGUGACAUUGCCUCGUGACGCUGAGGGGUCUAUAGACUUCAGCAAUUAUCCUUUUCGGACGAAUAUAACGGACUGUCGCGACAAAACCACUGGCAUCAGUCUCUAUGGCGUUGUAACAGAUAUAUUCUGUGAUCCAAAUGCCACAGGAGUGGUGUUUUCUUUGAAAAUUGAGGACACAACUGGAGCAAUAUGGACUAGGCUCCACUUUAAUACUUACUGGUCGUUGGGAAGGUUAGGACUUGGUCAUGUCGUAUACGUUUCAGGGUUAUCCUGCAAAACCACAAAAGAGAAUUUCCUUGAGGUGUUAUGGCAUGAGGGGAACGAGAAAGCUACAUUCAUCAACCUAAGCUGCUUACCUGCAUUUCUAACCUCUUCUUGUCUUCACAAAGUCUCUACCCUCUCCCAAAUUUCAAAACAGAGAAAACCUGCAAUCAACAUUUGUCGGGUGAAGCUGGAUGAGAUUGACCAAUGCCAUAGCAUAAACACGAGAUUAUCACACAGCGUUUGCGGCCAUUUCAUAGACGAAGAAUCGCCACCACACGGAGGGAAUCUGCAUUGUAGCUUCUGCCGGGUAACCUUUAAUAGUAACGGAGGAUCAGAGGUAGUCAGAACGUUCCACAUAAUGAUAACACUCGCAGACGAGGAAACCACCAAACUGUACGCAUGGUGUACGGGUCAGUCAGCAUCAGCUAUACUUCAGAUAUCUCCUGACGAAUUCUGUGAUCUCCCUGAGGAUGAUCAGCUAAUGUAUCCAUCUUCAUUGGAGAACGAGUGGUUCCUAGUGACCUUAGCUAACAGCGGUGGCCGGAGUUUGUCUCAUAAAAUGGAGGCGACUUGCUGGGAAAUCACCCGCGCUCUCAAGAUUUAAGCUCUACCAGUCAAGAUUUCAGAGGGAUCUGUAUUUAUAAAAUGUUUGUUUUAAUAAUUUAUUUUUCUUUUAAACCCUGAUUUCUUCUUUUAUUAUAAAUUAUGAAAAAUAUUAUAUCAACAAGAGUCAAUUCUAUAUGAUGUAAAAAUUUGCACCGUAUUAAAAAUUUAAUGUAAUUUUUU